AGAGACUAGAAAUUAGUUUCAUCCCAGUGUUGAGGAGGAGCCGCGCACUUGUCUGUACCUGCAGGAACUGUCCUAAAACUGUGGAAGACGAGAAGACAGAAAGUCAUGGACAGAGGAGGAGAUUUAAAAAGAAGCUAGCGCCUACAGUGAAGUAACCGUCAGAUAAAACGACUCAGUAAGAAGAGGAGUCCGGAGAGGAAGACAGGAUGGGGAUGGAUUUCAGCACUCUUCGGACCCUCAUCAGCAGAUAUUGUGCUGGUGAGGAGAACUGGGUGGACAGCAGGACCAUUUACAUUGGACAUAAGGAGCCUCCUCCUGGAACCGAGGCCUUCAUACAACAAAGAUUUCCAGACAACAGAAUAGUCUCCUCCAAGUACACAUUUUGGAACUUCAUCCCUAAGAAUAUGUUUGAGCAGUUCAGGAGAGUCGCCAACUUCUACUUUCUCAUCAUAUUUCUGGUCCAGUUGAUCAUCGACACUCCCACCAGUCCGAUCACUAGCGGGCUGCCGCUCUUCUUUGUCAUCACCGUCACCGCCAUUAAACAGGGUUAUGAGGACUGGUUGAGACACAAAGCAGACAACGCUGUCAACCAGUGUCCUGUCCACGUGGUGCAGCAUGGGAAAGUGGUCCGCAAACAAAGUCGCAAGCUCAGGGUCGGAGAUGUUGUCUUUGUGAAAGAAGAUGAAACUUUUCCGUGCGACCUCAUACUUCUCUCCACGUCUCGAGAUGACGGGACCUGCUACGUUACAACAGCCAGUCUGGAUGGGGAGAGCAGCCACAAGACCUAUUAUGCAGUUCAGGACACCAAAGCUUACAACACAGAGGAGGAGGUGGACUCCAUCCACGCCACAAUAGAGUGUGAACAACCACAGCCGGACCUGUACAAAUUUGUGGGUCGUGUCAACAUCUACAUGGACAAUGAGCCAGUGGCCAGGCCGUUAGGAUCCGAGAACCUGCUGCUCCGAGGAGCCACACUCAAGAACACUCCGUACAUCUAUGCGGUUGCCAUCUACACAGGCAUGGAAACCAAGAUGGCUCUCAACUACCAGUCCAAGUCUCAGAAACGGUCUGCAGUAGAAAAGUCGAUGAAUGCCUACCUGGUGGUCUACCUGUGCAUUCUUAUCAGCAAGGCCUUCAUCAACACCGUGCUGAAGUACGUGUGGCAGGCGGAUCCCAACAGAGACGAGCCGUGGUACAACGAGAGGACAGAAACGGAGAGACAGAGGCACAUCUUGAUCAGGGCGUUCACAGACUUCCUGGCCUUCAUGGUUCUUUUCAACUACAUCAUUCCCGUCUCCAUGUACGUCACCGUGGAGAUGCAGAAGUUCCUGGGCUCCUACUUCAUCAUGUGGGAUGAUGAAAUGUUCGAUGAGGAGCUGGGGGAGAGAGCCGUGGUCAACACGUCUGACCUGAAUGAGGAGCUGGGACAGGUGGAGUAUGUGUUUACAGACAAGACAGGGACUCUGACAGAGAACAAUAUGGAGUUUAUAGAGUGCUGUGUGGACGGACAUGUUUACGUGCCUCAUGCCAUCUGUAACGGACAGGUGAUGCCUGGAGCAGCCGGUAUGGACAUGAUCGAUACAUCGCCAGGUCCUGAUGCCAGGGAGCACGAGGAGCUGUUCUUCCGGGCGCUGUGUUUGUGCCACACGGUGCAGGUGAAGGAGGAGGAGACGGUGGACGGGAUCAAACACGGCAUCCACCAGGGCAAGUCCACUUCCUUCUACAUCUCCUCCUCUCCAGACGAGGUGGCGCUGGUGGAGGGAAUGAAGAGGCUCGGUUUCACCUACCUGAGACUGAAGGACAGUCACAUGGAGAUCUUGAAUAGAGAGGAUGAGAUUGAGAGGUUUGAGCUGCUGGAGGUUUUGACAUUUGACUCAGUCAGACGGAGGAUGAGCGUCAUUGUCAGGGCCAGCACUGGUGAGCUCUAUCUGUUCUGCAAAGGUGCAGACUCCUCCAUCUUCCCCAGGGUUAUCUCAGGCAAGGUGGAUCAGGUUAGAGCUCGGGUGGAGCACAACGCAGUGGAGGGUCUGAGGACACUUUGUGUUGCCUAUAGGCCUCUGAGCCCUGAACAGUACCAGGAGGUUUGCCACCUGCUGAACGGUGCCAAGUUGGCACUACAGGACCGGGACAAACGACUGGCGGAGGCCUAUGACCUCAUAGAGAAGGAUCUGAUACUACUAGGAGCCACUGCUGUGGAGGACAGGCUGCAGGAAAAAGCGGCGGACACCAUUGAGUCUCUGCACAAGGCCGGCAUGAAGGUGUGGGUGCUGACCGGAGAUAAGAUGGAGACGGCGGCUGCGACCUGCUAUGCCAGCAAGCUCUUCCGUCGCAACACCCAGAUCCUGGAGCUGACCACCAAACGCACCGAGGAGCAGAGCCUGCACGAUGUCCUGUUUGACCUGAGCCGCACCGUCCUGCGGCAGCACGGGGGCAUGACCAGGGACACUUUCUCUGGUUUAUCAGCUGACUGCACUGACUAUGGUCUGAUCAUCGACGGAGCCACCCUCUCUGCAGUGCUGAGGCCCGGCCAGGAGGACUCCAACUCAGGGAACUACAAAGAGAUCUUCCUAGAAAUCUGCCGCAACUGCAGCGCGGUGCUGUGUUGUCGAAUGGCGCCGCUCCAGAAAGCUCAGAUUGUGAAGCUGAUCAAAGCUUCCAAGGAGCACCCGAUCACACUGGCGAUUGGAGAUGGAGCUAAUGAUGUCAGCAUGAUCCUGGAGGCCCAUGUUGGCAUUGGUAUUAUGGGUAAGGAGGGUCGUCAGGCAGUGAGGAACAGUGACUACGCCAUCCCAAAGUUCAAACACCUCAAGAAGAUGCUGCUCGUCCACGGACACUAUUACUACAUACGCAUCUCUGAACUUGUGCAAUAUUUCUUCUAUAAGAAUGUAUGUUUCAUCUUCCCCCAGUUCCUCUACCAGUUCUUCUGUGGCUUCUCACAACAGCCUCUGUAUGAUACAGCCUACUUGACUCUGUACAACAUCAGCUUCACCUCGCUGCCCAUCCUGCUUUACAGUCUCAUAGAGCAGCACAUUAACAUGGACAUCCUGAAGAAGGACCCUACACUCUAUAGGGAUAUUGCUAAGAACUCUUUGCUGCGGUGGCCCAUCUUCAUAUAUUGGACCAUCCUGGGUGUGUACGACGCUAUCGUGAUGUUCUUUGGUGCUUACUUCCUGUUUGACAACACCACCUUCACCAGCAAUGGACAGCUAAUGACAACCAACACACAGAUGAUGUUUGGAAACUGGACGUUUGGGACUCUGGUCUUCACUGUGUUAGUCUUCACUGUGACGUUCAAGUUGGCUCUAGAUACUCAUUACUGGACUUGGAUCAACCAUUUUGUCAUCUGGGGCUCACUGAUAUUCUUUGUGGUCUUCUCUCUGCUGUGGGGAGGAAUCAUCUGGCCCUUCCUCAACUACCAGAGGAUGUACUAUGUGUUCAUGCAGAUGUUGUCCAGUGGCCCGGCCUGGCUCAGUAUAAUCCUUCUGAUAACGGCGAGUUUGUUGCCAGAUGUGGUAAAGAAGGUGAUCUGUAGGGCGCUGUGGCCGACAACUACUGAACGCAUACAGAACGCUGAUAAACUGUACAAGGGCCAGCUCUCCGAGUUCACCCCCCUGGCAUCUCUCCAUGCCCCAUCCAAGGCUGGCAGCCACCGGCGAGGCUCGGCCCACCAAAGGAACGCCCCAAACCCUCGAAGGUCUGAACCCUUUACCAAGAAAGUCAUGUUCACACGCUGGCAAAGAGCACCAGACUACUGCACCUUCACCCCGCUCCUCCGGUUCGCAGAUGGGUCCCGCCACCCAAGACAGGGACACGCUUACAGUGGGGCGGGGCCUGAGACCUCAGUCUAAUUUAUUUUUUGUUUGUUGUUUUUCUAUUCUUAUAUUCUGAUAUCAAAUACAAUGGCAUCAGUUUGGAGUUGAACUGAAGAAAAAGGAGUGAUUAUGAUAAAUUGGUCCAGAUGUGGAUCAGGUCACUGCUAUCAGAGCUGGGAAGUAAAGUCACCCAAAAGUAACUGAAUUUGUUCAUGUUACUGAGCUGGCGUAACCUUCAUAACUGCUCCCAGGUCAGCAGCCGAGUAUGGCACAAAGCACUGUGGGACGGCUCUGGGAAGGACUCCAUCCACAGGGCCUCGCUCACCGCCACAACGUGCAAAGGGCUCAGUGUACCGAUGUCACAAUGAAAUGAAAGUGAUUUCAUAAAGCACAUUAUGUCACACUAAAAAUAUGUGCACUGGCCCUUUAAAUCCAUCUGCCUCUGACAGCGGGCAGCUGAAGUGUACUUUUCUCUAAUUAGUAGGAUUUAUAUGACUUUUUAAAGACUGAUCAUGGUGUGUUGUGACUGGAAUUGUGCUGCUGCUGCUGCUGCUGCUGCUGCUGCUGCUGCUGCUGAUGAUGAUGAUGAUGAUGAAGAUAGUACAGGCACAGGCUUUCUCUGACCAAACAUUUUCUUUUCUUUAAUUCCUCUCUUUAUUUCCUUCUUUCCAUCUGUCUCUUCUGCCUCUUUAUAGGACUAACUGGUGUUGCCUGUGUGCAAACCUGUUAUCCCGAAAUACUCCGUAGGACUCUGGGGUCAGAUCCUACAGCAUUGUAAGGAGGGGUGUGGUAGAGAAGUGAAGCUUGAGUGUUUGAAAAGUGGAUCUGAGUCGGCCUUUUCUUCCUCUUUUAUUACUUAUUCUUUAUUCUGUCUUAAAGAAAAAAAGACCAACUUUAGCUCCACGUCCAACACUUUAGCUUUUAAACUCACCUGUAGGUAGUGUAGAGUGUGUGGGGGGGUAGGUGUGUGCAUCUGUGUGCUGAUAGCUAGUGGUCGUCUUAGUGUUUGUGCUGUAUUCAUCUCUGCAGGAUCUCCUUCUCUCUUAUUGUCUUUGAAGCACUUUAACUAUAGACAUUCAUCUUAUAUUUAUCUAUAAUGCUGAGAGACUAAUCUAAGUUUUUCUGCCUUGUUGAUUUAGUGAUAGAAUCCAGUAGAAAUGGCUGUGUGACGGCUUGCUAGCUGUUUCUUAAUGCCUUAAUGUCAGCUUGUAAAUACCACAGAGAUUAUGAACCAAAGAACCUGAAGAAAGAAAAACCUGACCUCCUCAAGGCAACAACUGAGCGAUAUAAUUAGAUGUGUGGUCCGUAAGUCAGUUGUCGAGUUUGGGGAGGUUUGAUUUUUGGUUGCAUAUCAUUUCAGCACCUUAAAAAUUUACAACCAAUCAUAACGCAAGGAUUCUAUCAAGUGCUCCAAACUACUUGAUGCCUUAAAUUAGUAGUUAAUAUUUCUGAGAUUUGCUCAUUGGUCAUAUAGACAUUUAUUCAGGAGAACACACAUAUAAUCAUAACUGUAACACUGUAAUAUACACUGAUGGACACACAACCUCUAUAUAACAGACAGCGCAGGAAAAAAAGUAUGAAAUGAAACAAAUAUCUAAUAAUUAAUUUAACUUAUUUCCAUUAUAUUUUAUUAACAUCA